GCACACGCGCGCUCCCGCUCACGCUCUUUGGCAGUGUCGCGCGGGCUGUCGGGAUCAUGUCCGCCAUGUUUUCAUACCAGCCUAGAAAAAAAAGCCCGUGAAAAAACACCAUAACUCGCCCAGAGAUGCCUUUAACCGCCGGAUUUCGAUCGAAGGGACGUCAGUGAAUGCGGCCGCGGAGAGAACCGUCGGCUCGUGUGUGUACUUGUACCGAAUGAUCCGUGUUUAGUGUGUUUGUGAUCGCUGAAAACAAUGAGUAAACUCUCGUUCCGCGCGCGAGCGCUAGACGCCGCCAAACCGCUGCCGAUCUACCGCAAUAAAGACCUCCCGGACCUCACCGACUGCGUCUCCAUCAACCGAGCGGUCCCACAAAUGCCAACCGGGAUGGAAAAGGAAGAGGAGUCGGAGCACCAUCUCCAGAGGGCCAUCUCCGCCCAGCAGGUAUUCAGGGAGAAGAAGGAGAGCAUGGUCAUCCCUGUGCCAGAGGCAGAGAGUAACAUCACCUAUUACGACCGCCUUUACAAAGGAGAGUUCCGCAUCCCCAAACAGCUCAUCCACAUCCAGCCUCUGGGUCUGGAUAACGAGCUGCCUGACUAUGAUAUGGACUCAGAGGACGAGACUUUACUGAACAGACUCAACCGCAAGAUGGAGCUCAGACCUGUGCAGUUUGAGACCAUGAUGGACCGGUUAGAGAAAGCCAGCACCAACCAGUUGGUCACUCUUCAGGAGGCCAAGCUGCUGCUAAAUGAAGAUGACUACCUGUUGAAGUCAGUGUAUGACUACUGGGUGAGGAAGAGGAAGAACUGCCGGGGCCCGUCGCUCAUCCCACAAAUCAAGCAGGAGAAGAGGGAUGGCUCCACCAAUAACGAUGCUUACGUGGCCUUCAGGCGUCGCACAGAGAAGAUGCAGACUAGGAAGAAUCGCAAGAAUGACGAGGCGUCUUAUGAAAAGAUGCUGAAGCUGAGAAGAGAGUUCAGCCGAACCAUGAGCAUCCUGGAGAUGAUCAAAAAGAGAGAGAAGAGCAAACGAGAGCUGCUGCAUCUGACGCUGGAGGUGUUUGAAAAAAGAUAUCAAAUUGGAGACUUCUCAGGAGAGAUUCUGAAUGAAGUCACUGUACCUCUGGCAGAGAAAACCAUUUACCCUGCACCCACAUCCUUACCCAUGAGCAGUCGGCACAAGGUAGAGAGCAAAAUGAAGUCACACAAAUCUGGGCCCAAACACCUCCACCCCUUCACAGUCAAGCCUGAGCCUCACUUUGACUUUGUGCGUUCUCAUAAGAAGUACAACAAGAGGCCCAAACUUGAUGCAUUUCGCCAGCCUGGUCGGCCAGAGCGACAGCAAACCAUCAUCAAGGCAGACAUUAAACAAUACGACUUCCACAGCUCUGGAGAGGAGGAUUACCCACUGUCUCCAGCAUCAGAGCCGGAUGAAGAGAACGAUCCUGAUGGAAUCUUCGCCUUCAGACGGAAAGCUGGCUGCAGUUACCACACUCCACUGGUGGAUCAGAGCUGCUCUCCUCACUGGCAGCAGGCGGAUCAGGACCGGCUGUGGCAGAGGAACUGUCUCACCGCCCUCUCUGUGCCUAAACGCUGUAUCGCAGUUGCACACAGGAGGGUGGGCAGAGGUGGCAGGGUUGUUUUGGAUCGUACCUCGUCGGAACUGGACCGUGCACUCAGGCAUCUGGACCCUGACAUGUUUUAUCCCUCCGCUGGCUCUAGUGUGCCUGACCUCCCCGUCCAUACAAACACAAACUCUCACAUCUCCAAAUCAAGCCCUGAGCGCUCACUGACUCAGCUCCUGAAUGACAUCCAGGCCUGCAGGUGGAAGUUUUUCCGCCCUCGGGCGCUACAGGACAACUCAAGGAGUGAGGACAAGAAAGGGACUCCGCAGGUCGAAAAAGGUGGAGGGACGCAUCUCUCUAACAGUGUGUCAGGUGGGUUCACAGAAGAGCAGUUUCACUCCCAUCAGCAGCAGCUGGUUCAGAUGCACAAACAGUUACAGCAGCAAGAACUCCAGCAGAACUCGACAGCACCAGAACCCCACACACACCUGCCUAACACGGCCUCAUCUGACUGCAUGUCUAAGACUCUGGACUCGGCUAGUGCACACUUUGCUGCCUCUGCUGUGGUCAACACUCCCAACAAUGAAAACAGGCCCCAGAUUGCAAGUGUCAAUGGCGUCCUUUCCAAUUCAGGAAGCUUUAGACAAGCCAAAUCGAACCGUUCUGCAGGUGGUGGAGGUGGUGGUGAGUCAGGCUCUUUAGUACGGAUGACAAGCACAUCUGGCAUUCAGCUGCCGGUCCCUCAGUCUCUGCCUCACGGCCAUGGGCACCUGAGCACCGUGAGCGCUGUGUCUCCUGCCCACACGCACCACAGUGCACGUCUGUGUGCCCCUUCACCCUCAGCCUUAAAGCUAGCCAGUGUUGCUAGUAGUCUGGACCGGGUACCCAAAGUCACCCCCACUAGUGCCAUCGACAUCGCCAGGUCUGAAACCUGACACAGCACUUAAUCACUUCCUCUUCUUUUUUGGGGCCUAUGGGAGAAUCACGAACCAGAGAGGCUCGCUCUCAACGGAUUAUCAGAGACCACAGUCGCCAUGGAGGUCACAUAGCCCAUCAGAAACACAAAAGACUUCAGUGCUGAGAUCUGUGCGCUUCUAUGCGGACUUAUACCCAAAAGCAGCAUAUCAAAAUAUUAAGAGAAAUUUGUCAAUAUUAUAAGUGUACAUUUUGUAAAAUUGGGAAUUAUCACUACCUUGUAAAAUAGUAUAUUUGUAUCAUUAGUCUGUCAUUUCUGUUACUUGAAUCCUAGAAUUCUUUUUUUUUUUUUUUUUUUUUUUUUUUUUUUCGUCAUCAUGCUUUUGCACUUGAAAAUGCAAGCAAGACAAGUGCAUCAGUUCAUGUUGGGAUCAUGAGCAUGAAUAUAGGUCCUGCGUCACUUGUUUUAACUAUUUAUUUUGCAAUGUUUACAUUUUUGUAUCUCGUACAAAUAAAUCCAAUGUUGUGACCACAAAAUGCAGACAUAGCUAUUAUACCAUGCUUUUGUGCCUUUUUUCUUUAGAGGAAAGAGAAUUUGGUUUCAUGGAUGAAGAAAUGUGCCAUUUUACAAGUGAUGUUCUUCCCACUUGAGAUGUUGACCGUAUUUCAUUGGAUUAAUUUUUUUUUUUUUUUGCCUUCCUCUUGUCUUAACAAGAAUAGCAUGUUAAUUCUGGAGGCCAAUGGCCUUCAUCAGAAUGUACUUGCGUGAAAUUCCUUGAGAAAUCUAGCUAAAGACCUUCAAUCUGGUUUACAGUUUCUGCUCCUUUGACUGAGUCAUCCGAACGCUCAUUUUUUUUUUUUUGUCUUUAGCUGUUGCUGGUUAACCAGUCUGAAGGGAGCCAUUCGGGGCUUUGACGGAUAUUGUCUUGGAAGUAAACUCAAAGUCUACAGGUCAUAAACAUUGUCAGCCAUCUUGUUUAUGAAUGCUGAAAUUUCUACAUCCUCAGUCCAGUAUCUUCAAAUAAAUUUCCACUUUUCAAA